UAAAAAGUUUAAUAUCUCACAACCGUAAGAGGAGCAAGAAAAAUUGAGAACCGGUCGAUUAGAACUGUCAGUUAAAUUUCCCUUAACUUUACCCCUGAACCGCCGGAUGGAAAGCUACGAAUCGGAAGCUAACUUCAGUUUUAAUCUGACCUUUCGGUAACAAUUACGGUUCACACCUCCCUCUGGUUAUACUUGGCUAUCCCAAAAAAUAUGAUAGACGUUUCGACGCCCACAAAGAAUAUCUAUGAUGUUUUUAUGUGUUAAAGUGGUUUUGACUGUUUUAGUUAAGUUAAUUUAACACGGAUCCUUCCUCUCUCUCGUGCGCUACCGUACGGACACUUUGAGGGACGGACCAAAGUAAAGGCAGCUGGAAAUGACAGCACUGUCCACAAUUCUUUUUGGUGAAUUAAUAAUUAAACUAUCUGGUCGCAAGCGGUUAAAGUGAACACUUGAGCCAGCCUCAGAUAUGUGGAAGAAAGGCUCGUCUGAAGGAUCUGACCGGUUUGAAUAUUUACAAACUCUGGUGACUGAAUUUCAGGACACCGACAGCGAAGAGGCAAAGGAGCAGGUGCUGGCUAACCUGGCCAAUUUUGCGUAUGACCCAAAGAACAUGGAGUAUCUGAGGGAGCUGCAAGUGACCGACCUGUUCUUGGACAUGUUGACUGAGGAGAAUGAGAACUUUGUUGAGUUUGGGAUGGGGGGGUUAUGUAACCUCAGUAUGGACCCUGGCUGCAGAGACAUCAUCCUGCAGAGCAGUGGGAUCAGCUUAGUCACCAAUUGUCUGUCAAGCCGGAGGGAGGAGACUGUCUUGUCAGCCAUUACUACUCUCAUGAACCUCACAACACCCUCGUCACGCUCUGAGAUCACCAACCCAGCCAUCCUGCAGUGCAUGCUGCGCUUCUCGCUCUCAGAGAGCCCCCGCUUGCGCAACCUGGCUGCAGUGUUUCUGCAAGACUGCUGCACUGAGGAGCAGGUGGCCCAGGCAGAGCAGCAGAUGCAGGGACAGCAGACCGCAGUCGGGAUCCCACUGCCCACCAACAGCUGAGGGUGUGGAAAUGGGCAGGAUCUGAACGAGCCUCUCCAGCAGCUAGUUCGAACUCAAGACCACCAGCAAACCCCACAACGCUACCAGGCAUCUUCUUCAGAAUCACCCGACCAAUCAGUGUUCUGUCUGCUGAUGGUGGCUGGCAUGUCAUUGGCCAUGAUGUGUGUUGUCUUUGAGAGGAGAGCAGAGCAGAAAAACAAGUGAAAAUGGUUUACUGGUUCAGCUGCUGCAGCCUGGACAGCAACACCAGCUCCCAGCUCCCUGACAAACCAAACAGGUUUACUGGUUCAGCUGCUGCAGCCUGGACAGAAACACCAGCUCCCACCUGACAAACACAAACAGGUGUCACCACAUGGUCCACGACAUCGUCCUGCAAAAAUCGCAGCGAUGGAGUUCCCCGAUUUGACGGCACUGUCCGCGAUCAGAGACUUUAUACAAUGAGGAAGUUCUUUGAGACCAGGACAGCAGGCCUCCAGGUAAUUCACAAACAACUUCACAUCAACUGUCCAACACAGAGCAUUAAAUUAUAUGUCUUCAGUAAUUGAUCUGAAGUCUGAAUAGUUUGAUUAGUCACAAAAAAGACUUUAGAAUUUAAACAUCAGCUCUCUCUGCCUCCAAACAAAUAUUUGACAUUCUUGGUUUAAAAAAAUAUGUAUCAGAAUAGUUGUCAAUGUUUUGUCUGUGGACAAAUUGACAGUAGCUGUCCUCACCUUCUCACCAAACCGUUUCAAACACAUCAGAACCAACCAAUGCUAAAUUUUGUCUUAGAUCGUUAUUGUUAAGGAUCAGUCAAAAUGGGAUUGAAGAAUAACUUUAAUUUGAUUGUACAUGAUCAGAAGACUAAGCUAGACACACUAGACUACACCAUACUAAAUAAUAUCAAUUCUACAAAUACAGUGUUGCAGUGACUUGUUCGUGUGUUCAUUUUAUUAAUAUUAAAUUGAUUUUAAAAAUAUCUUUACAAUGUAUAACAACCAGUUCUACACUUAUUUACUUAAAAAUUUUCACAAACUACUGUUAAGACCUUUGUUAAUUUGGUUGUUCUUCAUUGAACAAAAACGUGUUAAUAAGAAGGUUGAAAUGUAAAAUAUUGAUUCUGUAUGUGACUGACUGUGGUAGAACAAAUACUCAUUCAAAAAUUGACUUAACUGAUAGUGUUUAUUAUUGUGCAGUUCACAGUAACAUACAUUGCUUCAGUGAUGAGUUGAUAGGCACACAAUUAAUAAUCAUUUUACUUUUUGUUGGUUCUUCAGGAGGUGAUGACAGUCACCUGUAAUGUUGAAUAUUUAUGUGUUUUCAUGGUUAAACCGUUGAUGAUGAAUAGGUAGUAGUGUAUUGAUCAUUUUCCUUUGUAUGUUUUUCUUUGAUUUCCCCCAGGUGUCGCUGCUUCGUCCAUGACAUCAUCCACAACCACCGAGACGUCAUCCGCAAUUGCAAAAACAUGGUCCAUGAUCGCAGAGAGUCUUCGUACAAUGAGGAAGUUCUUUGAGACCAGGACUGCAGCCUCCAGGUCUCUGAGAUCAUGGACAACGUCUCUGCCAUCAUGGACCAUGUGGUGACACCUGGAGGAAAUCAAAGAGAAACAUAGAAAGGAAAAUGAUCAAUACACUGCUACCUAUUCCUCAUCAACAGUUAAACCAUGAAAACACAGAUAAAUAUUCAACAUUACAGGUGACUGUCAUCACCUCCUGAAGAACCAACAAAAAGUAAAAUGAUUAUUAAUUGUGUGCCUAUCAACUCAUCACUGAAGCAAUGUAUGUUACUGUGAACUGCACAAUAAUAAACACUAUCAGUUAAGUCAA